AUGUCCACUCUCUACCACGUCUGCGACAAAAUCGAGCAGCGAAUCAUUUGGAUUGACUGCGAGAUGACGGGAUUAAAUGUCGAGAAGCAGACUCUCUGUGAAAUCGCUGUUAUUGUCACAGACUCGGAAUUGAACACGAUUGCCACUGGCCCAGAUAUUGUCAUUCAUCAGCCAAAAGAAGUUCUCGACAAAAUGGAAGACUGGCCAAGAAAGACGUUUUUGGAGAAUGGGCUGAUGGAUAAAAUCAUCAGCAGCAAGUACUCAAUGACCGAAGCGGAGAAUGAAGUUGUCGAGUUCCUAAAAUUGCAUGCUCUUCCUGGAAAAAGUCCGAUCGCUGGAAAUUCCAUCUACAUGGAUCGACUGUUCAUCAAGAAGUACAUGCCAAAACUCGAUGAGUUCGCCCACUAUCGAUGCAUCGACGUCUCAACUAUCAAAGGACUCGUUCAACGGUGGUAUCCAGACUUCAAACAUCCAAGAAAGGCGUGCACUCAUCGAGCAUUCGACGAUAUCAUGGAGUCGAUUGCCGAGCUGAAAAACUAUCGAGAGAGCAUUUUCGUUAAAUCCAAUACUCCUUCUUUCUAG